ACAGCUUGGUCGAAUUAUUUGAUAUUCCAUUAAGCUUUACGUUAACUCCCAUCGCUCGCAGAAUCUAGUAAAAAAUGUUGUAGUUAUUUUGUUAUUUAGCCAAAGAGAGACGAGGAAGCAUAUGUAGAGUUGCAAAAUGUACAGGACAGCGCUGUGUGGCCUGCGGAAACGAUGUGCUUCAAAGAUUGCAGACAGUGUUAGUAAAAUCACUGGCCAGGCUGUGGGAGAUGAAGCCAGGCUUGCCAUUGCACUCUCACUUAAGUACCCUGAAAAUCUCAGGAAAGCAAGUUCUCCCCAUUACCACCUGUCUGUCCCCACACUAAAGUCCAUCUGUAAACUUGAUGAUGAAAGUGCAAAUAAGCUAUUCAGUAGGCUUCACUUAGACUUUUUGGGUGCAGAUGUUGAUGAUGGAGCAGUACAGUUGUUGUCAGAAGGCGGGACAGCAAGGCUUGGGUUCUACCUCCCCAUUGAACCUUUUAAUAAGGCUGUUCUCACGUCCAUACUUGAAGAAGGCAAGAGGUAUGGACUGCAGAGUGUACUGCACCAGGCGGCUCUGGGGGAAGAUGGCCGACCAGUUCCUGUGCCGCAGAACCAGAAAGUUGUCGUAGAAUUCAGUUCCCCAAACAUAGCCAAGCCCUUCCAUGCUGGUCACUUGAGGUCCACUAUUCUGGGACGCUUUGUGUCCAGUCUGAACCAGGCUCUCGGACACCAAGUGGUCAAGAUCACUUACCUGGGCGACUGGGGAACACAGUUUGGGUUGUUGUGUAUUGGAUAUGAAAAAUAUGGCUCUGAGGAAAAGCUAAAGGAAAAUCCAAUGAGGCAUUUGUAUGAGGUAUAUGUCAAGAUAAACCAAGAUGCAGAAUCAAACCCAGAAAUACAAGAACAAGGCAAAUCUUACUUCAGGCGAAUAGAGGAUGGGGAAGAACAAGCGGUUUCUCUUUGGAAACACUUUAGAGACCUGAGCAUAAAAAGUUUUGUUGAUACAUAUAAAAGACUAAAAAUAGAGUUUGAUGAGUAUUCCAGUGAAUCUCUUUAUUCCGAUAAAGCUAAGUCUAUAGUUGAACAAUUGAGACAGAAGGGAUUAUUAGAUGAAAGCGAAAGUAGUCAAGCAGCUGUGAUGAAACUUCCUGGUAGCAAAGAAGGAGAAGAUAGAAAAAUAACUUUACUUAAAAGUGAUGGCAGUACAUUAUACUUGUCAAGGGACCUGGCUGCUGCUAUUGAUAGAUAUGAAAGGUUCUCCUUUGACAGGAUACAUUAUGUGGUGGGUUCAGAGCAAGCGUCACACUUCUCAAACAUACUGCAGAUAUUACAGAGACUGGGACACCACUGGACAGAACAAUGUGCCUCUGGCUUCCACAUUGACUUUGGUGCGGUGAAGGGCAUGAAGACCAGGAAGGGCACUGCGGUAUUCUUGGAAGAUAUUCUGGAUGAAGCUAAAGAUGUAGCUCUUCAAAAACUACAGGAUACGGAAACCACUAAGGUCAAGCCAGAAGACAUGGAAGGUACAGCUGAAGCUCUGGGUAUCAGUGCUGUGGUCAUCCAGGAUUUCAAAACUUUGAGAAAGAAUGCUUAUGAGUUUGACUGGGACAAGAUGGUGGAUUUUAAAGGAGAUAGCGGGCUGUUUUUACAGUAUUGCCAUGCACGGCUAUGCAGUCUAGAGAGAGAGGCCAGGAGAGCUGGUGUUGCUAUCCAUGAUGACAUAGAUUUUACUAAAUGUGGACAAAAGAAGCAGUUUGGAGGAGCCAAAAAUUUAGUUAUAAUGCUUGCAAAAUAUGAAGAAGUCAUCAGGAAAUCAUUUGUCACUCUGGAGCCCACUGUGAUGUAUCACUAUCUUCUGGAACUCUGUGUUAAAACCAACUCUCUAUAUUUGAAAUAUAAAGUGGUGGGAAUGCCCCUAGAGAUUGCAGAGAGUCGCCUGCUGCUGUUUCACUGCACACGCGUGGUGUUGGGGCAGGGUUUGGAACUACUGGGGCUCACUCCUCUGGAAGAAAUGUAAUGACACUAGUCCUAGUGACAGCGGAACUAAACUUAAGCCCGAUGUUGUGAAUCUUUGUGACUUUUGCCCUUUAACUGGAACCAAAGGCACGGCAGUUAAUCCAGGCCCGUAGCCAGCACUUUCAAAAGGGGGGUUCUUUUUCUGAAAAAGUGGACCUUUUCCCAUGAAAA